AUGCACCUAUCCGAAUUCUUCACUCUCAUGAUUUUCAAUUUGGGUUUUACCAGACCGCUUUUCACGCCCAUGGAUCUGCAGAAGAUUCCGGGCUUGCAAGAUUCGGUAGCAACAUGGGAGAAGGUAUUCCCACCCAAGCCGUACGCACUGGAGAUGUCAGCUACAGCCUUCAGGGAUGAAAUCAAACCGAGUGUUGAAAAGGAGUUAAAAAUUAUUGAGUGA